UGGGAAGGGGAAGGAGCUGCCUGGGAGUCUUGUCUCUGAUGAAGGCCCCAUCCAGAGCCAGAUGGCGGUGAGUGACUUUAGUUUGACCUACCCUGGCAACCCCCAGCCAGGGGACUUGAUUGAAGUGUUUCGUCCUGGCUAUCAGCACUGGGCCCUGUACUUGGGUGAUGGUUACGUUAUCAACUUAACACCUCUGGAGGGUGGCAUUCCUGCAUCAUUUACAAGCGCCAAGUCUGUAUUCAGCAGAAAGGCCCUGGUGAAGAUGCAGCUCUUGAAGGAUGUUGCAGGCAAUGACACAUAUAGAAUAAACAAUAAAUAUGAUGAAACAUACCCCCCUCUCCCCAUGGAAGAAGUCAUGCAACGGUCAGAGUUUGUUAUUGGACAGGAGGUGGAGUAUGACGUACUGGUCAACAACUGUGAGCAUUUUGUGACUUUGCUUCGCUAUGGAGAAGGAGUUUCAGAGCAGGCCAACAGAGCAAUAAGCACCAUUGGGUUAGUGACAGCUGCUGCUGGAGCCUUCUCAUUCCUGGGCUUGUUUUCAAAAAGACAAAGAGCUAAAUACUGUUAACAAUUUACUGAAGAGAUAUUGGGACUGAAGAAAUCUGUGAGGUGAGGGGGGGGGGAGCGGGGAGGGAGGGGAGGAAACACCCUGGGAUGAAUACUUAUUUUCAAUGCAUCAUUAUUGUUUCAAACUCCAAUGAUGGAUGGCGGGCUCUUUAAUAAAUUGCUUACUGAUAUUA